UGAAUGUGCGACGAGUCUAAACUAUUGAAUGCUCUCUACACAUCCACAGGUGCUCGAUCUCACUCACUACACUAAUCAUUCAAAUUAGAGUGUUUCCGAUCGAUAGCCGAUCAAUGACAAUCGAAUAGUCCCCUUUGUGAUCAUCCGCAAGUUAUAACAAGUGAACGACAUAGUGUUAUACGAUACUCAUAUACUGUUGAACCACAGGAUACUAUAUCACGAUGACAAAAGUGAGAGUGCAUCAAGUUUUUCAUUCAUAAAAUUCAUCGUUUUCGGUGGGAAUUACAAGAGCACAGAGCCUCGGGUACGAAAGCGAGUCGGACUUGAUCUUCGUGUUGUGUUUUGCGAAACUCUAUUUUGAGUGCGCGUCCAGGAAUAACUCAGUGACAGUACUUAAAAGCUCCCAAUCAUAGAAUAAAAUAACUGGCUCUCAUGAAUGAUUGAAUCGCCCCCACAAUGGUGAACACCGACAGUGAACACAAAAAUUCGCAUUAGUGAUGAUUUUUAGGAUUUAGAGUGUUACGUUUUUGUUUAUUUAUUAAUUUUGUGAUAAAGUUUGGAGAUAUUAUUCUAGUCAAUGUACAUAGACACUUGGACACCGUUCGUAGGCAUGGGAAUUAAAACCAUGAAAGCGUACAGUAGGCAAAAAGAUUUACCGACGCAGGUACCGCCACUGACGCCGGGUACCAACAAGACCAUGACCGAGGCGCUCAAGGCGUCUUUCGCGUCGUGGGAAAAAGAGCAGAUAAGGUUGAAUAUCACCAAAGAUCCUCGGCAGUGGACGGAAAGUCAUGUAGCGCACUGGCUACAGUGGGCAACCAAAGAAUUCUCAUUGGAAGGCAUAGCCCUCCACCAGUUUCGCAUGAAGGGAAAGGACAUUUGUACGAUGGGAAAGGAUGCGUUUGCUGCAAGGGCACCCGCUUUCGUCGGCGAUAUCUUGUGGGAACAUCUGGAAUUGCUCCAGAAAGAUGUUGAAAAAGAACGAGCCCUCUCGAGCAACGUGUCGGCGAACAUGUACGACAGUAUGUGUGUUCCGGAACUGAACGCUUAUAUAGACUACAGUCAGGCCGCCCUUAUGUCUGGGGAGGACCGGAAACCAGUGGUGACACCUGUGUCGAAUAGCCACACCAACGCAAACUUAUCCAACAACAACUUCCUUCACGAAGGCACAUACGGACAGUUACGGAGUCCCGCGUGUCCGCCCUCAGACGAAAUAAGGGAUGAAGGAUCGCCACCCCCAGGACCACCGUCAUUUUUACACCUACAGAGAAGUUCCCCCUAUCAUCAAAUAAAAGAUGGUUAUAAAAGUUCGUGUCCACCCAGUGAGUCGGGGACUUACGGCGGUGGUAUGGACAACCUUCAAUCGAUGAACAGUGCAGGCGGAGGCGGGAGCGACCAACAGAAUCCCCCGCAUCUGUUUCAAACCCCCCAUUAUUCCCCCGACGAACACAGCGAGUAUCAGGCGCUCGACGCUAAUCAACAUCAGCAAUAUCUAGCUGACAAUUCUCCUGAAUUCUAUGCUGCCAAUAGUAUAUUAGAUUCUAAGUAUCAUCAACACUACGUGAAGAGCUUCGUGAGAUCAGGUGCCGGUAGGUACAACGAUGCCUACGAGGCGUAUGGUUCCCCAUACGAUGGCACGACGUUCCAGACAGUUCCCAGUGGAACGAACAACGUUCCCGACCAAUGGACGCACAACGAUCUCAGCUCGAUAGUGCACGCGCAUCAACACACGCAUCCGGCCUUUCUGUCCGCAGGGAUGUCUGGUCGGGAAUCCAUGAACCCUCUGGGUUCGGACACAAAGCCCCUUAUCCAGAACGGGAUGAUGGGGGCUUACCCCAACAACGCAAGCGCAGGAGGGCCGUGUUUUACAGGGUCAGGACCUAUCCAGUUAUGGCAAUUCCUUCUGGAACUUUUGACAGACAAAACAUGCCAAGGAUUCAUAUCGUGGACAGGCGAUGGUUGGGAGUUCAAGUUAACGGAUCCUGAUGAAGUCGCCCGUCGUUGGGGAAUAAGAAAGAAUAAGCCAAAAAUGAAUUAUGAAAAAUUAUCACGGGGUCUGAGAUAUUACUACGACAAAAAUAUUAUACACAAGACUGCUGGAAAACGUUACGUUUACCGUUUCGUCUGCGAUCUACAAAAUUUAUUAGGAUAUAGCGCCGAAGAGCUACACGCAAUGGUGGAUCUCAAGCCCGAGAAGAAAGACGACGAUUAAAUUUUUACAAAUCAAAGCAUCAAAAUCCGCAGUUGAAAUGACAAAUAUUUUCUGAUUUAUUGGUGCCUGAAAUAUUUAUCCAUUCUACAAAAAUGUGAAGGACUAUACUUAUUCAUAAAUGAUUUACAUUAUUUUGAUUCUCAUUAUUUUAAUACUUUUUUGUAUAUUUCAGAGACUGCUAUUGUUAAAAAUUGUGUGAAGAUUUAAUAUAAAAUUUCCGAAGGGAUGCGAUAGUAUAUUUUCUGUUUUGAAUUCGACCAAAAGAAAUAGUUAAAAUAAUAAUGAGAUGAAAUUCAAAUUUCACUUUCCAGACACACCCUAUAAUAUUUGAAAGGGCAUAACGCCCAACAAUUGAAUUGGAUAAUUGAAUGUUUUGCUGAGGAUAUAUUGCAUCCUGUCAUCAGCCAAUUCUUCAAAAAUGACAUUGAUAAUAAUUGAAUAAAAAUACACAAUUGAUAAUUUUGUGAUUUCUGAAUCGACUAAGAUAAUAAUUAGAUAUUGUAUAAAGUUAAGGUUCAAAAUAGCUCUCUAUAUUCACAAAGUGGGAGUGAGAGAUCAGUGAUACUUGGUCACACAAUUUGUAUAUAUCAUUAUUGUGAUAAGAAUAAUGAAAUUUAAGUGAAUUUGAAUAUGUAUUUUGAAAGUUGUUAGUGGCUGUUGGAAUUCUUGUACCAAAAAUGAUGCCUGAAAUCAGAUCAUAUUUUUAUACAAACAGUUAUUAAUUGAAACUGUUUAUGUUUGGUUUUCUAAUCGAAUUUUUCACUUUAUAUUCAGAUAAGAAAAGAUAUUAUCUUGAAAAACAAAUAAUGUAAAUCUCUAAAUUUCAUUGAACAUCCUGUCAGAUACAUAUAUGUGAUUUCAAAUUAAACAAUAUUUUUAAACUAAUGUUUUUAGAUGCUUUCACGAAAGCCCAAUUCCCUAUCAGUAUUUUUCAAUUUUUUAAAAUAAAUUGGAAUAUUCAUACAAAAUAAUUAAAAAAAUUUAAAUUCAUUCAUUUAUAUUUUCAGGAUUCCACAUAAAAAUUUUAAAAUUUUUCAUACAUUCACCCAUUUUGGCAGCUUAUACCCAUGAAGCCAAAUCUAUAAUUCAAUCUGUUCAGUGAUAUUUAGGAAUUUUUUGCUCUAUCUCUUCCACCUUCUGUUUGUCGAUGGAAAUUCAGAAGAUGAAAUGCAAUUAUGAGCUCCAUAUUUUGUUAAAACAUAACUUUGUUGAUAUGCAAUAAGCUGUGCUAUGAUAUGUUAAAACAUUACUUUUUUAUGGUCUCAUUCUCUAAAGUACGUUUAUGCGUAAGUUAAUUAUUACAUUUGACAUGUUGAAAAUAUAGUGGUAAUCUCGUUUAAGGGAUUAUUAUUUGCUGUAUUUAUUUGAUGUGUUGAUAGUUCAUAAAACUAUGUAGUUUGAAAAAACAUGGCUCUUUCCUUGA